AUGAACUUCCAGUGCGGCCAGCGACUCUCUGCGGAGGCCACGGCCAGCCUUCCUAAUUGCGGCAGAGGGAUUCUGGCCCGGCAGAUGUCACCCAGGCAGGAGUCUGCCCUCCCCUCAGCCAAGCACCACCGGGGUCCCUGGGAUCAAGGCAGGCAGGAGGAGGACCCUGAAAAGUGGCACCUGCACUUCAGGGCCUUCCGCUGGAAUGGCUCAGACCCCGUGCGCCAGCUGCAGGAGCUGUCGGAAUUGUGCCAUCGCUGGUUGCGGCCUGACCUGCACUCCAAGGAGCAGAUCCUGGAGCAGCUGGUACUGGAGCAGCUGUUGAUCUCAGCGCCGGAGGAGCUGCAGGUCCUGAUCCGGGAGGGCAGCGUGCGGAGCCGCAGGGACCUGGAGGAGAUGCUGCAGGGCCGAGGGAGGCCUGUGCAGUCGUCCAUCGUCAUCUACCAAGGACAGAAGUUUCUUGUGCACAAUGCAGACAUGGAGAUGGACAGGAGAAGCAGCACCAUCAACUUGUCUACCACACGCCGGUGCUCAGAGGGUGCAGCCCAGCCCCACCAGAGCCCGCUCAGCCCACAACUGCAGGACCUGGCAGGGGUCGGGGGGUCAGCGGGGACCCAGCGAAAGGCUACCCUACCAAAGAUGACACCCGAGAAAGGGGACCAGGCCCAACGAGAGGAAGGGGACCAGGCACAACGAGAGGAUGGGGAGGAGGUGCCAGCAUCAGCACCAGAGCCCCUAGAGCCUCUGCUCCCAUUGGCUGUGGGUUCUGCAGUGACACUGGACGACAGGGAGCCCCGAGAAGAGGACAUCUCCGCCUCCGCUGAGGAGGGAGAGCACAGGAAGCGAAAGAAUCGAGAGGAGGAUCAAGAGGAGGCAGCCCCUGGCUCUGCCGCAGACACCCGGGCUCCUGAAAGAAGAGGCCGCUUGGAGGCUGCACCUGGAAGAAACACCCCCAGGAGGAGGAGGAGCUCGGCCCAGAACCUGUGCCCAGCCCGUCCCCAGGGAGGCGCUGGGCUAGACAGGGUGAUUGGGGGGCGCCAGGAAGCCCUGGGGCCUGCGGCGCACAGGUGUGGGGUGUGCGGCAGGGCUUUCCAGUAUCGCUCGCAGCUGGUCAUCCAUCAGCGGUCACACACGGGCGAGCGGCCCUUCAGCUGUGACCAGUGCCACAAGGGCUUCAUGCAGCUGUCCGACCUGCGUGUGCACCGGCGCAUCCAUACCGGCGAGCGGCCCUUCCGCUGCCGCCUGUGCCCCAAGGCCUUCACACACGAGUCCACGCUGCUGGGCCACAUGCGUGUGCACACCCGCGAGCAGCCCUACGCCUGCAAGCACUGCGGCAAGAGCUUCAGCCACCGCGGGAACCUCAAUGUGCACACGCGCAUCCACACACAGGCCAAGCCCUACCUGUGCCCCGUGUGCGGACUGGCCUUUCGCCAGCUGGGCACCAUGAAGCGCCACUGCAGGGUCCACGCCAAGGCCGGACACCAGGAGGGCUCUGCGCCCGAGCCGUCUAGGUCCUAG